GACUGACUUCAGAGCUCCCGAUUGAUUUUGAGAGUAAUAUAGAAGUGGAUCAAUAAUAUACGUAGAUAAAAUGUCUGGGGGCUCAGAGAGUGAUGAAUGUGCAACAGCUAAUGGGAGGGUUUAUAUUCCUGAAGUAAGAAAUGAGGAAACACCAGCAGUUGGGAUGAAGUUUGACUCGCUUGACCUCGUUUACAAUUUCUAUAAUAGAUAUGCAUUCUUGGCUGGCUUUGGUAUUCGACUUCAUUCUAGCUUUUGGGGGAAAAAUAAGAAAGAGAUUUUGAGGAAAGAAUUUGUAUGUUGCAAACAAGGUGCAUACAGGAAGGAUGAAACUCGGGAGAGAAAAAGACAACGGGGAAUAAGUAGAUGCAAUUGCAAAGCAAAGAUUGUGGUUGUGAAGACAAAUGGGAGCAAGAAGUAUACCAUUUCUCUUUUUGCAGAGGGACACAAUCAUAAGAUGACACCCUCAGAAAGAAUGCAUUUAUUGAGAUCACACCGUCAUAUUUCAGAUUCUACAAAAGUACUCACAAAACAGUUGGGUUCAGUUAAUAUUCCCAUUCAUCAGAAGGUAAGUAUUUUCGAGGUGCAAUCCGGAGGAAUGGAUAAAAUCGGUUGUAUCAAAAAAGAUAUCUACAAUCUUGAAUGUAGUGUGAAUGGGAAGCUGAGGAACCACGAUGUUGAACUAGUGACCGAGUAUUUUAUGGCUGAACAGAAAAAAAAUGAGGCUUUUUAUUUCAAGAUUGAGGGAGAUGGGCAUGACAGGUUUAGUCGAUGUUUUUGGGCAGAUGCAACUUCUAGACGGGCGUAUGGGUUUUUUGGAGAUGUUGUUGUAUUCGAUACCACAUUCAACACGAAUCGAUACGACUUGACAUUUGCACCAAUGUUGGGAGUUAAUAACCAUGGUCAGACAAUUGUGUUAGCAUGCGCAUUUUUGAGCAAGGAAACGACUGAAUCGUUUGUUUGGAUGUUUGAGGAGUUUUAA